AUGCCAACGAAAGCUCAUAAAAUCGAUGCUGAUUUCGGUGGAAUUACUCUGGAUUUGGCAGCAGCUCAACGUCACGUGUGGAAUAGUGACAUUGCUUCCUAUAUAGAGCUAUCAAAAGUUGCUCUGAAACCGACGCGAGCACUCGCUAAAGGUACUCAUUCAGUUCAAGGCAUGAGGUGCGAUAAUUUGCUACUUUUUUCCCAGGAAAAUAUUCUCUGUACAAUUCGGACGAGUUUCCAUGAGUGGAUACGUCAACAGAAUUUUGAUAUAGUUGUAUCAGGAAGGCGUCGAUUUGUUGUGACCGUAUCCACAAACCCACUCGAGUAUGUGGUAAACGCACUAGGUAUACCAAACACACCCAGUUUUGUUCCAGUAAACAACAAAGGCUUUUCGGUGCCAAUGACGUACAUGGAACGAGCACUGAACCUUCUAGAAUACGUCUUCACGGCAACAAUCAUUAAAUAUACACUAGAGCCGGAGUUUGACGGGUACUUCGACCAGAAAUUCGGCAAAAAUGCCUGGUCUAUGCAG